CGGUAUCUCCGAGCAAGUGUAUUGAGGCUCGUGGGACUCGAGUUCUCAAGUUGUAACGGUUUGUUAAGCACCCGUAAGCUUAACGGAAGUAGUGUAGCUCGAGAGAGUCUCUCCGGAGGCUGGAUUAGCCACAAGUUGUGGUGAACCAGGAUAAAUCUUGGCUCCACGCGGACAUGGAAGUGCAUCCUAUGAUACAACGCUUGAGAGACCUUUACCAGGGUCAACCCCAAAACUCAGAUAUUUACGUUAUUGAAGUCAACAUGUCUGAUUUCACCUCUUGGGUGAUGGAUACCGGAUGUGGUUCUCACAUCUGCACUUCUAUGCAGAAUCUGCAUGAAGUUAGACAUUUGACUGAGGGAGAAGUCCAGCUUAAGGUCGGAAAUGGAGCACUUGUCAAUGCGCUCGCUGUAGGAACUUAUGUUCUCUCUCUCCCUAGUGGCUUGUUGUUGCAUUUAAACAAUUGCUUGUUUGUACCUGCCAUUAGCAGGAAUAUCAUUUCUGUGUCCUGUCUUGACAACGCAGGAUUUUCUAUUAACAUCAAAGACAAGUGCCUUUCGGUUUUCAGAAAUGAUAUUUACUAUGCAACUGCUAAGAUGACCAAUGGUCUUUAUAUCUUAGACUUAGACGCCACUGUUUAUAACGUAGAUGUUAAGAGAAGCAAACCAAACAGUUUGAAUCUCACAUACCUUUGGCAUUGUUGUUUGGGCCACAUUAACGAGAAACGCAUAUCUAAGUUACGUCACUCUGGCGUACUUGAUUCAUUUGACCUCGAGUCUUAUGAUGUAUGCCAAUCUUGUUUACUCGGUAAAAUGACAAAGGCUCCAUUCACCGGUCACGGUGAAAGGGCGAGUGAUGUAUUAGGUGGUUUCUCAUACUUCGUAACAUUUACUGAUGACCUCAGUCGACGCCUCAUGACGUCUGGUAAGCUAGAUUCCAAAUCUGACAGGUGUAAAUUUGUGGGAUACCCUAAGGAAACGAAAGGGUAUGAGUUCUAUCAUCCGACCGAUAACAAAAUCUUUGUUGCUCGGAACGGAACCUUCCUUGAGAAGGAGUUUCUCUCAGCUAUUUCUAGCGGGAGAAAGGUAGACCUCGAAGAAAUUCGAGAACCACAAGAAGAGAUCUCAUCAGUAGUGGAAUCCGAGCGUCAAGAUUUAGUAUCUCGACCGGCUCGGGUUUUACCACGUAGGUCACACCGGAUGCGUAAUCCUCCGGUUAGAUACGGUUUCCUUGUAUCUGAUGAAGGUGACGUCUUGCUGGUAGACCAAGGCGAACCUGAGACCUACCUCGAGGCAAUCACAUACCAGGGGAAUCCAGGUGAAGCACACUGGACAGCGGUCAAAAACAUCCUAAAGUAUCUUCGGAAUACUAAGGAUGCAUUCCUGGUAUAUGGAAAUGAGGAAGAGCUGAAAGUGGUCGGUUACACUGAUGCAAGCUUCCAAACCGAUCGAGACGAUUACAAGUCACAAGCAGGGUAUGUGUUUUGCCUGAAUGGUGGAGCUUUUAGCUGGAAGAGUUCUAAACAGGGCACAACCGCCGAUUCAACUACAGAGGCUGAGUACAUGGCUGCUGCUGAAGCAGCAAAGGAAGGUGUUUGGAUAAAGAAGUUCAUUUCUGAACUUGGAGUGGUUCCUAGCAUUAAUGACCCAAUCCCGUUAUUUUGCGACAACACUGGGGCCAUUGCACAGGCAAAGGAACCACGAUCUCACCAAAAGACCAAGCACAUUGUACGACGUUAUCACAUCAUACGAGAAAUCGUAGACAGAGGUGAUAUAGAGAUUUGCAAAGUAGGAACAGACGACAACAUAUCCGACCCCCUGACCAAGCCCUUGGGAAAGCUAAAGCAUGAGGGUCACACUAGGUCAAUGGGCAUUCGACAGAUGCCAGAUUGGCCAUAGUGCAAGUGGGAGAUUGUUGGAGUUGGUGCCCUUAUGGCCAACUGUUGUUGUAAUAUCUUAGAUAUUUUCUAUGAUAUUAAAUAAUGGAUCUUCACCCUCUACUCCCUUAGGUGAUUCGGCCAAAGAGAAGAGAGGGAAGAGCAUAAUAUUUGAGUUCCAAAAGUUAUUAUUUUGGGUGUAGAAAAUUGUUAUAAUAUUUUCUUUAAAAUAUUAUUGAUAUAUUUUCUACUAUUUAAUAUACAAGAUUUAUAUUAUCCCUAAAAUAAUCUUUAUAUUAAAUAUACUAUUAUAAUCUUUACUAGCAUAAAGAUUAUAGUAGACUCCGGAGAUUGUUCGUGUGUCAAAGUUGGAGGCCGGACGCUUGAACGGCUACGUUUGCUCCUUCAACAUCUUUUGCUCGACUUCUCGUUCAUACCGCUUUACCGGAGAAGGUAUAAGUUUCUAUCUCUAGCUAUAGUUUUAGUACGUGUUCUUGGGCUAGUAAUCACUAUUGGGAGAUUAAAUUUUUGUAUUUCCGCUGCCCUCCCUACCGUGGUUACCUUUCAUGAAAUUUAUGUGGCCAAUGUGAUGCAUGUUAUUUAAGUAUAAAUAUGUUAUCGAUCUCUCGCGUUAUCGUACCACUCAGCUUUAUGCUGAGCGUGUAGUCUUUUAUCUACACGUAGGUUGAAGCACAGAUUAUGUGAACCACCUGAGGGACGAAAAGAUGAUAGGAUGCCAGGUUGACAUGCAUGAUUUUCACAAGCAUUGCAUUUGAAGUUUCGGGUUUGACCCACAUCAUUGUAUUUGUAUUAUUUUAAGUCUUCCGCUAUCUCCGAUAUUUUGUAAAAGGAUCGAUCCGAAUUUAGUAUUUUGUAUUUGAAGUUUUGUUUUAUGAAUUUCAUUUAAUGAUUUGGAAAAGUUUUAAAAAUAUUGCUUCCUUUUCACCUUAAUUCUUAUAAUUCCAGGUUAAACGAAUUGAGGUGUUACAUAAACAACCUUUUUUUAGUUAUACGCCGUCUAUUAACACUACGGUUUUUAUUGGUUGUCCUUUAGAUAUUCAAACUAUAUUUUCAGAUAGUAGUUGAAUCGGCUAUCAGGCAGCUGCUCGGAAGACCACUACAAGUAUUUUCAUCAAACAACUAUUACGUUGGGUAGUAUGUAUAAUGUUCAGACUAUUAUUUUUGUCUCAUCUUAAACAACUAUUUUUUUAGUUGUACACCAUCUAUAAACACUACUGUUUUGGAUCAUUGUCCUUUAGACAUUCAAACAAUAUUUUCGGACAAUAUCAAAAUUGUUAUCAAACAGCUUCUUGGAACACCACUG